AUGAAUGUUUUUACAGAUGUUUGCAAAGACUUGGUGGAGUAUGGUGGCCCUAAUGAAUUGGACUUGGAGCUAAGUGAAGAAACAAAAUUGAAGUGGAAAGCAGCAAUUCAAGAACGGAUUCCCUUUUACUUCUACUACACCAGCUACUCUCCUCGGAAAAAAUUUGAUGUGGCGCUUGAUGAUUACAAGAUGAAUGAAUUUGCCUAUUUAUUUUUGGUACCGAAAGAAUCUGGAGGAACAUCGCCUAAAUUUCUUCGACUAAAACUACAUCAAUACCCGGAAACAAUUGAAGAAAUGCUUGUAUUUCGUUACUGGUUGGAGAAACUUUCAAAUUGCUUCAUUGAAAACUUCAAAAUCGAGCAAGGAUAUAUCAAUCCGGAAAUUCUUCAAUUAUUUUUUGGCGAUUCUCCGUUGAAAUUCCACACAAACUGUUUCUAUCUCUAUGAUGAAGAUGGUGAAUAUUUUCCUAAAGCAUAUGAAUUUAUGUACCAUCAUGUGGUUAUUCAUGGAUGUAAAGGCUUUUAUUACCAAUAUCCUGACUGGAAUAUGCGUGGCGAAAUGAUCAAAGAAGAGAAACGAAAUUUUCAAGAUUUUCUAGAAUCUACUGAAUAUUGCAAAGUUGUUGAGUAUAAAUUGGAUGGAGUAGAUGAUCCAAGAGACAGCGGAAUAUUGUAUGUGUGCUUCCAUCUUGGCUCUAAAGAACCGUUUCACUUUGAAAUUAAAGGACCUGGAAUGAUGUAAUUUUGUUUUGUUGUGAUUAUUUGUAUUGUAUUUUAAAUUGUAUGAGAUUGUAUUAUAUAUUAUUGCCUUUUGUUAAUUUUUAUUUGUAUUUUAUGUUGUAUAAAUAAUUUAUUUGAAUAAUUACUAGAGAUAUGAUGCAUUUAUGCAAAUGCAUAUUUUUUACAAACUUGGCAUGUUGUAUAAACUCACAAAAGACGGUUUCUGCUUGUAAAAAAUGUAGGGGGUUUUCAUUUGAAUAUUUUAAUACAUAUGUAGGUAUUUUAUGUUUUUGGGACAAAUAACACGAAGAUUGCAAAAUCCUGCAAAAAUUUUGUAAAAAUAUCAUUAGGUGACAAAAGGGAGAUAAGGAAAAAUGUCACUAACUGGUAAUAGUGAAGAAUCUACAUAAUAGAGCCCGGACCGAGACAAAAUCUCGAUCAGAAAUCCCGGUUAUCGAGAUGGAGAUUUUCCAAGAUAUUCGAUAAUAUAUAUAAACAGGGAAAUGUGGAAGCAGAAGAGUCAUUUAGAUGGAAUCUGCGGAAGACGGAAGAGAGCCAAUCCCUAAACCGAACAUCCUGUGUCCUCUCCAGCAAUUUUUUUUUGUAAUUUUUUAAAAACAAAAUAUAAACAUUCUCUCAUUUUUAUCCGUUAAAAAAAUAAAAUAUAAAUUGAAUAUUAAAAAAAAAGCAUUUUUAACUCUAAAAAUGUUUAACAACAAAAAAUAAACUAUAAUAAGCAUAAAUUUGGAAAAAAAUUUUUGUAAAUUAAUCGGUAGAAUGAGUAAUACCAAACACGGAAAUACCAAACCCCUCAAAAGACAUGACGAAAUACCAAAAUGUGAUUUUUAACAAUCUUACACGUUUAUGAGGCAAGCUUUCACAUUUAUUUAAACAACUUUCCACGUGUUUGAAACAUAACUAGGUUGUAUAUAUGUUUGUAUUAUUCUGGGGGGUUUUUUGGUAUUAGUGCGCUUCCAAUUAAUUUAAAAAAUUUUUCGAGACGAGAAAGACGAAUAACAAAAAAAUUAAAAUAAUAAUUAUUAACUCAACUCUAAAAAGAGAAGAGAUAAAAUUAUAUAUUUUAGAUGUGUGUGUGUGGAUAUUAUAAUAAUAAUAAAAUGAUACAGAGAGUAAUUUUUGUUUGUUUUUUUAAUAAAAAUUAUCAGAUUUACGAAGGAAAACAAUAUUGUAAAGGAAAAAGAGGGCUGUGCUUUUUGCGGAUUUUUAGAAUCAAUUACGGAUUUCGGCUUCGUUUUCAAGUGAGGACAGCCCUAGAGAGAAGAUUAAAACAAAUGUUGAAUAUUUAAUUGUUUUUAAGAGAAGGAGGAGCGGGGUUGAAAUAUUUGAAGGGAUAUUUGUG